AUGAACCCGCAAAUAAUGAUCAUGAGCGUGGUUGCUUUCGCUUCGGUUGCCUUCAUUGGAUUUCUAGCGUACAGACUCAGCCAUCGUAUCGACGAUCCCGAUCUGCUGAAUCAGCCGCCCCUGAAAGAUCAUAGUUCCCUAGAAGAGGAUCUCCGCGAUGUCCUAGCGUUCGUGCCACACGACGAAGUCUUCGAAAUCAUAAAGAGCUACAUGAAGUACGACAAACAAAUCGGCGAGACCGUCAGCUUCAUCAACGAUCACAAACGAUUUUUACUGCGAGAAAUGCAGAACAUACCGCAAAUGAGUCGUAUAAUUCUGUUCCUGUGGCAGAACGGCCUCGACAUCCAUAAUUGGUCCGAACAGAUUCGAACUUCCUGGAAAAUGGCGCCACGAUUCAUCCGGAGCGACACAAACAUAGCGGCCGGCGGUCUGACAGUAAUGCUGGACAAGAUUUUGCACACUGCACCGUUGGACGAACUCCACGAGCUGCUGCGACAGAAGGUGAAAUAUUCGGGCAGCUUCCGUAGAUUCCUGUUGAUGCUCAAAUCGAACGACUUCGACGAGCUAUGCAACGCUCUCCAAGAGAACAAAGUAAUGCACCAUCAUUACUUCUGGGCGCAGGAAAGCGGCCUGGAAGUCACGCUUGCGAACGAACUGCUGAAGGAUCUCCACGUUUACCUCACGCAGACUUUACUCACAUAG